AUGAACGUCAAAUGUCCUAAGCCUGGCUGCGGCCAGACCUUCACGUCCGACAAAGCUCGCAUGAGGCACUGCAAUGCCGAUGACGACCACGACUACUGCAAAAAAUGCGACUACCUAGCCAAAGACUGGGACGACCUUACACACCACAAGGCAACCUCGCCCAUCGUCCACCUCUGCUGCAAGUUCUGCGGUCAGGAUUUCAAGUCUGCCAGCGGCCGUGACCGUCACAUCAGACAGCUUCACCCUGUCGACCAGGACAUCCGCUGCAUCGGCUGCAACGAACACUUUGUACGUGCCGCUGCUCUAAUCGAGCACUUGGAAUUCGACCACUGCAGCAAGAUCUCUGCCCAGCAGUUCAAAUCGAAUAUCCAGCACAAGCAUAUGGUCAACAAGCUCUUGAGCGAUCCGGACGUCAUGACCUCGAAAGUGUUUGAUUUCCAAGUCAAUGAUACGGAUACUUCUGGCGGCAUCUCCUUGAGUGAAUCGGCCUCUCUGCUUGAUGAGGAAGAGAAGGCCAACCCACUCGAGUCAUUCCAACCCGGCGGCUCUGUCAUAAAGCCAUUGGAGCCGCGGGCGCAGCCUCGAGGUCCUCACGCGCCUCGUGUGGGCGAACGUUGGCCUGCGCUACCUUCACAGGACACCGGCAGGGCCUCUGGUCCUACCGAUCUUAGCAGCAGCAUGGGUCGUAUGUCAAUUUCCGGAUCCAGUGGUGGCGCUCGUUUGCCAUCCUGUGGAGUACCCUCUCUCAAAGCUCCGUCUCUGUCACCCUCAGACUCUACCGCGAGACCUUCCACAUCAGAAAAGGGUCCCACAGAUUUGGCAUCGCAAGUAUGGACCAAGCCUCGCGCGUCAGAAACCCUAUUCGCCGGAGCACAGAAAACUCCGCUCACACACGAGUGGGACGCUGCAUUGAAGGCCAGGGAGCUGGAGUAUGAAAGUGCAAACUCCACCAACAUGCUCAUGCAGCGCUACUGGGACCCAACCCACAAGGACUACAAUCCCGAACGCUUCUACAACCCUGUCAUCGAGAUGUACGCCUGCCCGUUUCCGCAGUGUGAUGACAACUUCCAGGAGCCUUUUAUGCUGGAGGAGCACAUCAACACGAUCCAUGGUAUCUCUCAGCAGCGAUGCCCGCAAUGUCUGAAGCUAUUCAGGAGCACCACUGCGCUUGUCGCCCACUGCGAGGCGCCCACUUCUGAAUGCGGCAUCUCCCGUUCUGAUCGUUUCGGACAGGCCAUUGACCAAUUCUCUGGAGGAUUCCUCGGGGCCAAGGAUGCACAGCGCCCUGACUUCACUCUCGCAGACCGCCAAGAUAGGUACGUCGACAAGAAGCAUGAUAAGAAGGAACGUGGUAGUGGAUACAAGAUUGGAAUGAUCAAGUACGAGUCCACUCUUCCUCUUGACUGGCCCAGGGAGGGCUUUGGAAACAACACGCAGAUUGGUCGUUCCUGGGACGAAGUCAGUCGUGGCUCCAGCCGUGGUCCCCACAUCCAAGACAACAUGAAUCUGGCUGUUCCGCUGUCAAAGUCCAGGAAAGUCUACCACUCCACAGCAAACAUCUACCCGCAGCCGUUCCAGGAUUACGUACCGGAAAUGACUGAGAAGUCAUUCGCGCCGGCUCGUGAGAAGACUUCUACCGCUUCGACUACUCUUGCCAAGGAAAACGAUGCAACCUUUGUCGGAGAGAAGGCCAGAAAGAAGAAGAGCAAGCGUCUCGAGAAUGUUGCGGCCCAGCUUAUCGAUGAUGAGCUAUACAAGAAGCGUUACAGAUCGGAUGCGUUUAUGCAGUCCCCCAAAGAGCCGGCGGCCCCUAUGCGCCGUGCUGAUGCAUACUACAUGUCCGGAGAGCAGCCCGAUGGAGACGGCGACGAUGGUGUCUCUUUAUCUGCUUCCUCCACUGCCCACAGGAGUGCAUGGGAGUGA